UACGAAAUUUGUCCGGCGAAAGCGCGGGCUUGCUUUCGACGCGAUUUGACAUUACCAUUGACUUUGUCUCUUGCAGAUGAUUUUCUUGCACUUCUUACUCAUGGUCCCUGAGCAAGUCGAUGACCUCGAAUGCGCCAGGGCACUUUAGAUCUGGAACGUAGUUUCAAUGCACAUUUUUGUUAGGUUAUAUCCCUGUCAAUAUGUCAUUGUUGACCUUUUCUUACCCUUAAGUUAACAUUUUUAUCGAUGACACUCGAUUAAAACUGCCUCAAAUACACAUUCCGACAGGGUUUUGGCGUGGCAACCUUCUUGUUUGUUUGUUUGUUUAAGACCAAAUGGUUGAAUCAAAGUCCUUGUUAGAAAAUACCUUUCUUUGGCGUGGACCUGAAGAAACAAUGAAUUAUUUGUAAAGCAUUUGAUUGUGCUUCAAUCCCUCACAUUUAUGAUUCCUAAUUUACAAUCAAGAUGCAGGGCAUUAUGAAUGUUGACGAUGUUGAACUGGAUCCAAGUUUGUUCCAAAUACCCUCUUCAGAUGGGGCGAUGCAGGUGGUUGGUACAACACGAGUUGUGGAACUUCGAGCAAGCCGUCCAGGUCUGACUGUAGCUGUUGUUGAGUUAGGUAAACAACUUCUAGUCGCAGCCAAAGAUGGGCAAGUGGAUGUUGUUCGAGAUCUCAUGAGCAAGGGAGCCCCAUUCACUACUGAUUGGCUCGGUGUUAGUCCAUUGCAUCUUGCUGUUCAAAAUAAUCAUGUGGAUACUGCUGAGGUUCUAUUAAGAGCUGGAAUAUCUCAAGAAGCCAGAACUAAGGUUGAUAGAACCCCAUUGCACAUGGCUGCUCAGGGAGGACAUUUGGAAUCUGUGAAAUUACUACUUCGACAUGGUGCGGACAUUAAUUGCACUGACAUGCUGAAAAUGACACCCCUUCAUUGGGCAGUUGAGAACCAAAAUGUUGAGGUCAUUAAAACAUUACUACAAGCAGGUGCUGAUGCAUUUACUCUGAGCAAGUUUGAUAAAACACCAGUUACAAUGGCUAGAGAUUUAGGAAGGCAUGAUAUUGCAGAUUUAAUUGAGAAUGCAGAUUUUGGACCUCAACUUGUUAGACAGUCAGUUGAGUUAGACCAAGAAUCAUUAGCUGCUACCGAAAGUAUUGCAGCAGAAUUAACAACAGAUCACCAUCAGGUGACGCAGGAAAUUCAAGCAGCACCAAAGAAGCCGAAAGUUCGAUUCGAGAUUGAAUCCAAACAGGUGCCAAUAACACUUCCUCCAGCCGCAACCAGCGGGAAAGUUGCUCGAAAACGAAAGACAUCUACCUCUUCAGGAGCUGUUACAGCAUUUAGCCUAGAGACUGAAUCAUCUCCACUGUCAACUUUAACUUCACCCGUAUCAGAAGCAUCACAAGAUAAUAAUAGUACCUUCCAAUUACUCCAAGCUCAUGGAAUAACUAUGUUGCCCACGGAUGAAUCCACCACUGUUGAAUCAGCUAUGGAGAGUGGCCAGAGAGUGGUUCUAACAGAGGCUGGGAAAAUGGCUUUAAAUUUAACAAAAGUUGGGAGUCGCCUCAUAACUUUACCCAAAGGAAAGACGUUGACAUCUGGUGGGAUUGUUAAGCGAAAUACUGUUCUUGGUAACAAGUCAAGAAUACUUAAAAUUCAUCCAAGCCAGCUUGUUGCACUUGGACGAGGAAGGGUUCAAGUCCCCAGUCAAUUAGUAAUGCAGCAGAAUAAAGGUCCAAAUAUUCUGAAACGGAUGGCAAUAACAAAUAACUCACCUGUCACAACCAUUAAAACAAUUCCUGUGAGUGCUGCAAAUGGUGUGCAGAGGGUGAUGAUAUCACCUCAACAAAACCAACAGAUCCAACAGCUUAUUCAACAAAAUCAAAAAGAAGGGGCUCAGCAAAUACAACUUCAUCAGAUUCAAACACACAUGCCAAGCAAUCUUUCCCAACUUGGCGAACCUAUGAUAGUUUCUACCGAAGAGGAUUAUGAGGAAGAAGAGAAUGAAGAGCCACCUAUACCCACAGAUUUAGAAACUAUUGCCCAAGAGCUGGCAAAUGCUCGGAAAGAGGCGGCUGAAUUUCGUAAGCAGCUUGCAAAAAAAGAGAGAGAAGCAGAACUUUACCUCCAGCAGUUACGAAGUAUUAAAAGUGGUGCUGAGUGAAUUUUGCAUGCUUAAAUAGUGUUAUCAGUGUUUUGUGAUCUACAAUGUUAUUUAUAAAAGAAGUACAAAUGCUUUACGAAUAAAUUAAAUGUAUAUAAUAUUGAUUUAUAAUGUGGUAAAGUCUAGAUUUGGAAAUGAACAAAGUACAAAUCAUUUUUCAAUCUAAGCUAGUGUUUAGUGUUUCUGUUUCUUUCUUAACAGAUAAACUAAGGUUGAUAACAUUUUGGAACCUUGUGGCUGGGGGUUAACUUCUUCCUUUUACCUAAUAUUUUUUUGGCUUAGCAACUAAAGUUGUUGUCAACAUUUAAUUUGGAAUUUUCUCUUUUUAAUCCCAGUUUUAAGCAGUUCUCCUUUGCUUAGUUUUUCUUCUUUUGUUUUUACACAAAUUUUUGUCUGCUGUUGCAUAAAGAUUACCCUUACACUCUGUUGUAUGUGAUUGCAAAUGUAUUUUGUUUCUUCUGAAGAUUACCUUUGGAGCUAUACCAGCACUUGUGCCUAGAUAUCUCAAACCAUACAUUAAAUGUGGAGCAUAGUUUGAGUCUCUACUUUUAAUGCCUAUUUUAGUAACUGCUUAUGCAGACUGUGAUUCUCAAGACUGUUAUUGCUCAAGGUGUUUUGCUACUGAUUGUUUUGAAGCGGAGAUCGGCCCCCCCAAUGGCUACGCAUAUAAUUAGAACGGCAUCAACAACACUACUGUACAAUUAAUUUUUCAUUGUGUGUGCGAAAGGGGUAAAGAAAUCUUGUCGUGUGUCUAUUCUUAAUUUUUGUUAAAAUGAUAACUGCCUCUAUUUAAUAAACUUCGAAGUAGCCGAAA